UGCAAGCUGGUGGCCUGAGUUUGAGUGCUUGUCCUGUGUGGAGGGGCGCUUUUUUUUGUGAGUUUUAGGGAAAACUGCCGAGUUUGUGGGAUUAUUUAUUUUACAGCGCUGGGUUUUUAUUAAUUUUUUUUUUUUUUAAAACACCCGCUUGCCUCCGAGCUGGGCUUGAUUGAAGGAGCCCGGAAAAAGAAAGGACAAGUCGAUCUGAGAAAGGAGGAAGUGGAAAUUCUGGAAGGAGAGAGGAGAGGGAGAGAACUGGGCAGUUCGGCGGGGCGAUGGGCUCCAUCUUCAAAGUCUCCAGGCCUUCACCUUAAAACGUAAAGCGUCCAAAAUGAGGCAGAAGUCUGAUGAUGUGAUAAACAGCAGCUGAGCUCCGAAAGGUUAAACAAGUCACCCUUCAAUUGAAGCUGCUUUUCACCCCCCCCCAUCGGCAUUUCGAAAAUCAGAAGAGGCAAAAUUUGGGGGAAAAAAAUGGCAAUUAUUAUGCACGCUGUUCUAAAUCUAAAAUGAAACUGCACAACUUAAAAGGAAUGCCGAUGGACUUCUCGGUAUUGUUUUGCGAAGACUUGCGUAAUUUGGGAUUGUAAUCAUACAUCCACCUUGGAAACAAAUCUUCUUCCGGUUUUCUCUCACUAGGCUUGUAUUUAUUUUAUGAUAGUUUUAAGACAACAAAAACUCUCAAGGUACCGAAGGGCAGCUUCAAGCUCAAUGCUCUUAAUGCGUUGGCGUCUUCGUUUUGAUACUUAGACUUAACUUUCUACCUCUUUUUUUCUGCCAAAUGACACCUGUUGCGGCUGCUUCCUUGUCUGAUAGCUAAGUGAAGCCGGGGAGAGGGAGCAGUGUGACAGGGCUGAACUGACACGCACGCUUGUAAACAUCGGGAUUUUGUCGGAAUAUCGGAAGGCAGGGAGUGGAAAUCACCAGAAGAUGAAAGUAACCGUCAAUUUUGGAAAGACCGGCGUGGUUGUUCCUUGCAAAGAUGGAUGGACAGUCCGGGAUCUGAUUCAACAGGCAACUCAGAGGUACAUGAAACUCCUGGAGCAGGAUGGCAGCUGUUUUGUGAAGAUCCAUCACCUUGAAUACAGUGAUGGAGGGAUUUUGGAUCCUGAUGAUAUCCUGGCCGAUCUUGUGGAUGACAAGGACAAGCUGAUCGCCUUGUACGAGGAGCAGGAGGCCCAGCGGGAAGCAGGGAGCCCUCAUGUCAGCGUUUCGGGGAGACCCAGCCCAGACCCUUACGAGAACGAGCUGGCGGCCCAGCUCUCCGUCUUCCAGCCGGUCAGCGGAGAGAUAGAAGUCAAUUCUUCGGCGCUCAAAUCAAAUACCCCUCUCAUGGUGAGAAGCAGCAGUGACCCAGCUCUAAGCCCCCCUAUGGAAGGGAACGCAGGGGUCACCCAGUCGGAGGACACCAGUGUGCAUUUUGGCACGGAGACGAACCACGUGGUGUCGGAGAAGGGGAGUUCUGACCUGCUACGCAGAGCAGAUGUGCUGGCUACCAAAAUGAAUCAAAUCACACUCAGCCUGACGAGGACAGUAGAGAUCUCUGGAGACGACGGACCCCUGGGGAUUCAUGUGGUGCCCUACUGUUCCUCUCUCAGCGGACGGACUCUGGGCCUGUACAUCCGUGGUGUGGAAGAAAACAGUCGGUCGAAAAGGGAGGGCAUAUUUCACGAGGAUGAAUGCAUUGUUAAAAUCAAUGAUAUUGAAUUAAUGGACAAAUCCUUCUCUCAGUCUCAGGAGACAUUUCGCCAGGCCAUGCGGUACGCCACCGUGCGGCUGGAGGUGGUCCCUUCCCAGAACAGGGAGCGCUACGAAAAGAAACUGAUCGGCCAGCUGUUCAGCUCGGACCCCGCCGAAGGCGUCCCCAAAGGGAAUCCGCCCGCGGCGUUGAAAGGGAAGAUGGCGUCAAAAGCCGGCGAGCCACCGGCUAGGCAGGGCGAGCUCUCUGUCAGACCGGUCGAACCGGCAGCGAAGCCCAACGAGGCCCAUUUCAACCAGCACCAGGACACCGGGCCUGCGCCGACGCCUCCUGGGACCAGCCUCACCCCCGUCACUAAAAGUAAAAGUGACAGCCCUUUGCUUAAGAAGAGCCCCGCCGCGAUCUCUCCCCUCGUAGCCUUCGGCAACAAGAAGAUGGGCAAAAAGCUCAAGAUUGACCUCAAGAAAGGCCCAGAAGGCUUAGGCUUCACAGUUGUGACUAGGGAUUCAUCGGUCCAUGGUCCUGGUCCCAUCCUGGUGAAGAACAUCCUUCCAAGAGGAGCUGCAAUCAAAGAUGGCAGACUCCAAUCUGGUGACCGAAUCCUGGAGGUCAAUGGGAUGGACAUUACGGGGAAGACCCAGGAGGAGCUGGUUGGCAUGUUGAGGAGCACGAAACAAGGAGAGACUGUUUCUCUCGUGGUGGCGCGACAGGAGGAAGUGUUUCUGCCUCGGGAACUGAAGGGCGAGCAGGACUGGGCCGUGCCCGCCUUGGAGUCGAAGGAGCAGCUGAUGUUCGAGAUCCCGCUGAACGACUCGGGCUCGGCAGGCCUGGGGGUCAGCCUGAAAGGAAACAAGUCCCGCGAGACUGGGGCCGACCUCGGCAUCUUCAUCAAAUCCAUCAUCCAUGGCGGGGCAGCUUUCAAGGACGGGCGUCUGCGGGCGAACGACCAGCUCAUCGCCGUGAAUGGGGAAUCUCUCCUGGGGAAGUCCAACCACGACGCCAUGGAAACCCUUCGCCGGUCCAUGUCCAUGGAGGGCAACAUCCGCGGGAUGAUCCAGCUAGUCGUGGCGCGGAGCCUGGACAGACCCAACGAGGAGGGUCAGGAGACCUGGGUGGCUCAGAACCGUGUUGCGGACGGCGAACAAGCCCAGCAGUUUGCCAGCAAACCUGCCAAUGGUCUCAUGCCGGCUGUGAUGGUUCCUAACAGUAUUUAUGAAACAAGACCUGCUCCCAACCAAGUGAUGAACGGAGGAUACAACACGGAGGAAGAGGAGCGUGAUGAAGACCGCCCAUCUCUUCCCAUCCAUCUAGAUGCAGAUGCGCUGAAGGCUGCAGGUUCUCAAAGGUCAGAUCAGAUGAAGAGUCCUGAGUGGCAGACGAGUCCAAACCUACAAAGGGAGUCUGAGCACCGCAAUGUGAAAUCUUCCAAAAGUAUGGACCUUGUGGCAGAUGAAAGCAAUGUUGGAUCUUUGGCAGGGACGCAGUCAGGUCCGCCUCGCGGCGGAGACCUGGGUCCCACCCUGGGCCUGAAGAAGUCGAGCUCGCUGGAGAGCCUGCAGACGGCCAUGUCGGAGGUGAAGAAGAAUGAGCUGCCCUUCCACAGGCCCAGGCCGCACAUGGUGCGGGGGCGAGGCUGCAACGAGAGCUUCCGGGCGGCCAUCGACAAGUCCUACGACGGGCCCCCGGAGGCGGAUGACGACGAACUCUCGGACCAAAGCUCGGGACGGGACACCCCUGCCAGCGGGUCCUCGCGCCAGGGCAACCCGGACAACGCUGACGAAAGCAAGAAGGACAAGAAGAAGAAAGCGAAGGAGAAGAAGAAGGACAAGGCGAAAACCAAAGGGAAGGAAAAAGACCGCAAGAGGCUGGAGGAUAUCGAGGAGCAAGAUAAGAAAAGUAAAAAGAAAGGAUUCGGAGCAAUGUUGAGGUUUGGGAAAAAGAAGGAAGAGAAGGGAAAGACAGCUCUUCAGAAGCAGAAGUCUGAGAUGCUGAGUGAGGAGGAGCUGGGGAAAAUGAAAGAAGAGAGAGAAAGGAUUGAGGCCAAGCACCACGAGCUGCGGGAGAAGCAGGCGAGGGAGCGGUUCGAGGCGCUGCCCGACGUCGAGGACGACGACGCCGACCCCAACUACGCCCGCAUCAACCACUUCCGGGAGAUGCCCCCCGGCCAGGGCGCGUACGGGAACAGGACGCCCUCCCCUCCGUCCCCGCCGGCGCCCGUGAGCCACGGCAGGGAAGCCCCCGGCGAGGAGGCCCUAGAGGGGCUCUACGCCAAAGUCAACAAACAGCGCCCCCUGCAGCCGCCGCCUCCAGACAGCACCGUGGACCGAAUUCAGCAACUGCGUAAGGAAUACCAGCAGGCCAGACGGGAGGGGGCAGCACCAGCAUAUGAGGAGCUUGAAGCCCGCCAGAGGCCCCCAGAAUUUGACCCGCACAGGAUUCCCAGAGGGCACGACAGCCGUCUCGCAAUCCCAAGGUACGAAGACGUGGAACGACAGUAUGCCUCCCUGCCCCGGCGGGGACCGAUGGAGCCUAACGAGUACCCCUUGCCGCCGUGGGCAGGACAGGGGGAGAGGGAGCCCCUGCGCUACCCUGGGGCUCAGCCCAUGUACCCCCCGUACACCUCCCGGGGGAACUAUCCGCGCCCCUCCGAGCCCCGGCAGGGGGAGCCCAGCUACUACCCCCCCCCGCCCCAGCAGAGGGGCCCACUCCGCCAGGACGUCCCGCCCUCACCCCCCAUGCCGCUCCGGUCCCAGCGGUACGACACCAUGACCCGGACGGGCUAUCGCACAGCCAGCCCCGAGGGCUACGGCUAUGGAGACGGCCGCCGCCAGGACCCCCGGCAGAAGAACGCGAUGACGGCCGCAGUAUAACUCCCACUUCGCUUGCCACAGCAGGACAUUGAGAUGAAGGCCCAGAUUCCUUAUAUAUAUAUACACACACAUCAUUGUAAUAUUGUCCAUCUUUCUAUUGGUUUUUCUAGGGGGUGGACUUUCUAAGACUUUUUCGGGAAGGAUCAGCAAUUUCCUCUAUCAUAUAUUCUGUUGUGAGCUUGCAGCAGUAUGUCAGCUAAAGUGAAAGGAGAUGAGCCGUUUUGAUUCGUAGCUUAAGGUUUUGUAUUAAGACUCAGACAGUUACUCCUCUCUUCUGCCUGCAGUAGAUUUGUUGCUUAAUUCAGCUUUCCUUUGCUGAGCAAGCCAGUUUUUUGUUUUUUCUGCGCUGUAUUAACCCGACCUUGUGACUUAGGAGGAAUAACACGGAAACUUGUGCCCCGUUUAAGCAAAAUCAAAAGCUGCAUUUUGACAUUUAGGACAUUGAAUGUAUUAAAUAUAUAUAAGACAAGCUAUACACAUGAUAUGGUAUGUUGUAUAAAACUUUGGCCUUUCUAAGAACAGUGUAUGACUGACAAACUACCUAUAACCUAUGGAGAGGCAGUGGGAUUUUGGUGUUUGAGACUGGAAAAUUGUAGUGUAUGGCCAUGUUAUUAGAGUCACAUGAAAGUUGUAUUGUGCCAUAUAGCUUGAGAUAACCUACGUUUAGCUAGAUCUCUCUUCAUAUGUUGUGUUAUAUCCUUUUGGUGCCUUGCAGGCAUUCUAUACUCCUGUAAAGAUCCUACGGACACUUCUUGCUGGUUACAUUUCCUUACACAGCAAUGGAUAGCUGGUAUGUGUUGUUCCUUGAAGCAGAACUGAAUGAAAGGUACCACAAAUUAGUUGCAGCUUGUCUUCCAUUAUUAUUCAUAUUCUAAAAGAUGGCCUGUAUAUAUCUACACUGUUGUAUGCUUCAAAAAUACUCUUCUCGCACAAUUUUAUAAUCUUCAGUUGCACAUAUUUUAGCAUAACAAAGAAGCCUCUGUCUUCCCCUGUGUGGUGAGAAGGAGGGUCCUGAGCAUUGAUUUUUAGCAAAGGUACAGUAUGUGAAGGUAGACACUGCAGCCGGGAAGAACACCACAAACAUUGAAAAAGAAAGACAAACAAUGGAAUUUCUGGAGAGGAUGGGUCCUAUUCCAAAGAAAUGUCAUCCCUGUGAUCUGUGAAGCAUCACAUGCUGAAUAUAGCGUUUGCUUCAGGGGCUGUUUUCCAAGACCUCUCGUUUUCUGGAACCGGCUAGCUGUCUCUGGGCGCUGGCAGGUCUUUGUCUUUUCCCCUCAAAGCUCUGGAGGACACUAAGGAAGAAGAAAGGAAGGAGACGCACUGAGAAAAAAAAUUGGGCACCAUUUGUUAUAUCUCCUUGAAUAAUUUUGUAUUCAUCCUCCAAGAACUAGAGUCUCAGUUGUACUGGGACGGGAGCUGAUGGAAGGAAGUUAGAACUUUUUGUACUUCCUGUGGGCUUACAUAUAAAUACACUCGUGCCUUUUACAGACAUCACUGUUCUACUGCGUACCUGUUAUGCAUUUUUAUCCGUCUUGCUUUGGAUAGCUAUUGAAGUACUCUUGUGUGUGAUGCACAGAAGCUUGAUUAUGAAGGUACACUUCUUGAAGGGGCCAGCCUGGAAUCGUGGGUCUAUGGACGGAGAUUGUCGGUUCGAGUCUAUAGCACUGAUGCUGAUGUUAACUCUCAGUGCUUUAGUUAGCCCAUCUAUACAAACAAGCACCAGCGCUGUGCAGGGGAUUAUUAAAUCAGAGCCACAUGUAGGGCAUGUCUCAUAAUCUAUGACCACUUAACACUAAAGAAUGUACAAUAAGAUCUGGCCCUAUAAGCCAUCGAGACCUUGGAAGGACAUCAGUCUGGCACUUCAAGAAUAUGGGUACUAUAUCUUCUUGAUAGAUAAAUAUUAGAGCUUAAGGAACAAAAGAACCUCAGCAUGUUACAAUUCUCUCAUGCUUUUUUGAUGCAAUACUAUACACGAGUUAACAGUUGCCAUGUAUUAACUUUAUCAUGUUUAUACUCCUUUUCACUCUCUUGUUCAAGUGCUCUGUUCUGAUUCUGAAAUCAAGACACAAGUUUGAUAUUGUAUAGCAGGAAGCAGAUUGAUUAUUUUCCCAUUAUUAAUGUGGUAUUUUUAAAUUGUUUUGCAUUAAAUGUAAUGAAACAUUU